CUCUUAUCACUUCAUUCGAGCUGCAAUUGUAUUCCAGGGUAGAGUUAAAAAAGUGUCAUUUCUCAGAUAUCUGUAGUAGGACUAAGAUGGCUGGGCUCAGGUCCUUAGCAUUGCUAACAGUACUAAUAUUAACUUUUAGGAGCUUGGAAGGAGUGACCCAGCCUGGAUCCUGCAGACUUGUUUGUGACCCUUUCCAAAGCCAAAGUGGUGCACAUGACCUGGCUGCCAAUGGUCUGGUCAUCCCUCUUUCUUCUUCUGGAGGGGGUCCUGUGGGUCCUGUAGGGCCGCCAGGAAAAGCAGGACCUCCUGGACCACCUGGACCACCUGGAAAGGGAGCUCUUGCAAAGGGACCAGUGGCCUUUUACGCAGCCCUGAAAGAAGACUUUGGAAAUGAAGAAAUUCUAAAAUUCAGUAUGGUGAUGACAAAUCUGGGUGGUCGCUACGAAUCCUCGACUGGAACUUUCACCUGUAAUUUAGCUGGCGUGUACCACUUCAGUUACCACAUAGUAAAGAAUGGUCUCAGCCUUAGAGUCGACCUGGUGCUCAACGACCAAAAGAUUGUGGCAAGUGCAGUAGCGGUAGACGCGCUCCACACUGACACAGCCAGUAACAGUGCAAUCUUGCAACUAAGAGUUGGUGACCGGGUGUAUGUGCGCCUGACCAAGAGUGACAGAACACUUAAGGACACACAGAACCUCUUCAGCACCUUUUCCGGCCACUUGCUGUAUGAGAUUUGAGACACAACCUUCUGCAGCUUCAUAUAUUUGCUAAAUCUGUAGCACAUUCCAUGCCUCUAACCAAUUAUCUGUCUUUGUACUACUGUAUAAAGCUUUCUAUUCAUCCAAAUCCAAUUUCAUUGAAUAAAAUGAAAGCUCUGCUA